AUGUCUACUACCAUUGCAAUUAAUUCAAUUAAUAUUCAUUAUAGUCCCGGAGACCAUAAUACAAAUAUAAUUAAUACGGUUAGAAGUGAACCUCCAGCUUAUCCUGAAGAUGAUAACGAUAACGGAAUUAAUACUACUACAUCAACUUUAGAAGACGUUUCAAUUCCAACAUCCGUAUACCUUUCUCCAAAUUCUUCUUCACAUCAAGAAUUACCAACAAAUCAAUCAUCAGAAUCUCUCCCAUCUUAUGAUAAUGUAAAGAUUGAUGUGCCACCUUCUUAUCCAGCCGAAAAUACAACAAAUUUAAAAUUAGCUUCUUUUGACUCUCCUUAUGAUUUGGUUCCAAUUGAACCUCAAAAUCCCUGGUCCAUCACCAAAAAACUUUAUUUUUUUGGUUAUCUAUUAUGGCCUUUAUGGUUUAUUGGUAUUCCUUUUGGUUUUUUUGGAAAAGAUCCGGAAACCAAACGAUGGGGAAGAAGAUGUAUUUUUAAUUCAGUUAUUGUUAGCCUUGUACUUGUUUAUCUCAUUGUUGCUUCUAACAAAAGUUUUGCAAAGUGA